AUGGAUUACGGGUCAUCAAGAAUCAGUGAAAUAAUAGAAGAUGAAGAGCAAAUUGAUCUACCACCUGGAUUCAGAUUUCACCCUACUGAUGAAGAACUCAUAUCUCACUACCUCAAACCAAAGGUUUUCAACACUUUCUUCUCCGCCACUGCCAUUGGUGAAGUCGAUCUCAACAAGAUCGAGCCUUGGGACUUACCAAGGAAAGCUAAAAUGGGGGAAAAAGAAUGGUAUUUCUUCUGUGUGAGAGACCGGAAAUACCCAACCGGUUUAAGGACGAACCGAGCAACUGAAGCCGGUUAUUGGAAAGCCACAGGCAAAGAUAAAGAGAUUUUCAAUGGAAAAGCACUUGUUGGUAUGAAAAAAACUCUGGUUUUCUACAAAGGAAGAGCUCCUAAAGGAGUUAAAACAAAUUGGGUUAUGCACGAAUAUCGAUUAGAAGGCAAAUACUCUAUCGAAAAUCUUCCCCAAACCGCUAAGAACGAGUGGGUUAUUUGUCGUGUCUUCCACAAACGUGCUGAUGGUACAAGGGUUGAUAUGCAUGGUUUAAUGAUGAUUGAUUCACACAUUAACCGAAUCGAACCGACCGGUUUGCCUUCGCUAAUGGAUUGCUCUCAACGAGAUUCUUUGCCUGGUUCGUCGACUCACGUGACCUGCUUCUCCGACCAAGAAACCGAAGACAAGAGACUCAUCCACGAGUCCAAUGGCGGUGCUGGUUCUCUGUUUUACUCUGAUCCUCUGUUUCUCCAAGACAAUUACUCGCUAAUGAAGCUGUUGCUUAACGGUCAAGAAACCCAAUUUCCCGGUACUGAUCAAUCCAGUUUGACCGGUACGGAAGAAUUAGAUUGCCUUUGGAAUUUCUGA